CAGGGUUUCGGGUCUCGCUAGGCCGGUGAGAAGGGAAGCCUAGGGGCCUGGGAUCUCGGUCCAGGGUAGGAUUCCCUGCUUUGAGGGAACCGGGAUGAAUGUCUACGGACUGCGCUGUAGGAAAAGGAGGCUGGAGGCCUGACAUCCUGGGUUCCAGACCAGCCACGAUGCCUACCUCUGUGCUUCGCGGGGCCCCUUUCUUUCUCCUACCACCCCUACUGAUGCUGUCCGCUGUGCUGGCUGUGCCCCUGGACCGCGCGGCACCCCAUCCGGAGGAAAACCAGGCCACCGAGAGCCCGGACACAGGCCUGUACUACCACCGGUACCUCCAGGAGGUUAUUAAUGUGCUGGAGACAGACGGGCAUUUCCGGGAGAAGCUGCAAGCUGCCAACGCCGAGGACAUCAAGAGUGGAAAGCUGAGCCGGGAGCUAGACUUCGUCAGCCACCACGUGCGCACCAAGCUGGACGAGCUCAAGCGGCAGGAGGUGUCUAGGCUGCGGAUGCUACUCAAGGCCAAGAUGGAUGCACAGCAGGAACCCAACUUGCAGGUGGACCACCUGAACCUCCUCAAGCAGUUUGAACACCUGGACCCUCAGAACCAGCACACAUUUGAGGCUCGGGACCUGGAGCUGCUGAUCCAGACGGCCACCCGAGACCUCGCCCAGUAUGACGCUGCCCAUCAUGAAGAAUUCAAACGCUAUGAGAUGCUCAAGGAACAUGAGAGAAGGCGUUACCUGGAGUCUCUGGGAGAGGAGCAGCGGAAGGAGGCAGAGAGGAAGCUACAAGAGCAACAGCGCAGACACCGAGAACACCCCAAAGUCAAUGUCCCAGGCAGCCAAGCCCAGUUGAAGGAGGUAUGGGAGGAGCUAGAUGGAUUGGACCCCAACAGAUUCAACCCCAAGACCUUCUUCAUACUGCAUGACAUCAACAGCGAUGGUGUCCUAGAUGAGCAAGAACUGGAAGCUCUCUUUACCAAGGAGCUGGAGAAGGUUUAUGACCCGAAGAACGAGGAGGAUGACAUGAGAGAGAUGGAGGAGGAGCGGCUGCGUAUGAGGGAGCACGUGAUGAAGAACGUGGACACCAACCAGGACCGUCUUGUGACUCUGGAGGAGUUCCUAGCAUCUACCCAGAGGAAGGAGUUUGGGGACACCGGGGAAGGAUGGAAGACAGUGGAAAUGUAUCCGGCCUACACAGAGGAGGAGCUGAGGCGUUUUGAGGAGGAGCUUGCUGCCAGGGAGGCUGAGCUGAAUGCCAAGGCCCAGCGCCUCAGCCAGGAGACAGAGGCUCUGGGGCGCUCCCAGGACCGCCUAGAGGCUCAGAAGAGAGAGCUGCAGCAGGCUGUCCUACAGAUGGAACAAAGGAAGCAACAACAGCAAGAACAGAAUGCUCCCCCUUCCAAACCCGAGGGACAGCUGCAGUUCCGUGCAGACGCAGACGAUGUCCCUGUCCCAGCUCCAGCAGGUGACCAGAAAGAUGUGGCUGCUCCUGAAAAGAAGGCCGCAGAGCAGCCCCCCGAGCUGCCCCAGCCAGAUUCCCAGCACUUAUGAUCUCUCGCUGACCCCAGCCCUCAAGUUCCUACAGUGUUGGAAGCCUGAUGAAGUGUCCUUGCAGCCUCUCCGGAGGCCUGAGCUGGCAUGGCUUCCUGGGGAGGAGAACAGGGCUAUCAUGUUCCUCAGACGCGCCUCUGCCCGUCUGUCACUCUCAGCUCAGCUCUCAUAGCCUCCAGGUCCUGGUUCCUUCCUUCUGUCUCCUGGCUUUUCUUUAUUCUGUCAGGGACUCGCUGCAGGAGCUGAAGUUAAGAGAGACCCUCACCUGGACCUGCCCCAGACCCGCCUUCCUUCCUGGCUUGCUCUUAGCUGUUCCAGGCUCCGCCACUUUGCGUCCCAUGUCUAGUGCCAGAGGACCACAGGACCUUGGCCUGGUCCCUUGGACUCUGCCUUCUGUGGGGCCGGUGAUCUCAGUUCCUUUCAGUGGCUGGAGGCUUGGGAAAUGGGGUGUCCUUCAAGUAACUCUCAGCUCUGCCUGGACCCCUGGCUUCCAUUGGCACCUCACCAGCCUUACCCUGACCUCUUGGCCCCAGAAGGUACCCAGAUAUAGCUACAUCCUUAGCUGAGAUCCAGCUGCCCUCAGCCCCUGUGGGGGCUCCUGAAGUCGGCACGCCCACGUCCCUGGCUUCAUGCCACCCUGCUGUGUCCUACUCCAUGCCUAGUUCCACUCAAAUAGAGCGCGGCCCAAAUCAACAUUGGCGUGUUUGUGUGCGCAUACUGCCCUCUUGGGCGUCCCACCUGCAUGCCCCUCUUCACUCCUCCGUGUUCUAUUUAAACUUCACCUCUGAGAAGA